AGUGUACCGUGGAACUUCUCAAACCUAGGGAAUCUGGCCAAUUGUCUAGGUUUCAGACCAUCCGAAGACACACAAAGUAAGAAAUUAAGCAUUAUGAAUUAAACCUUUAGAGCUGCAUAUUUGCACGUAGCUGAUAAUUUCAGCUAGCGGCUUGGCAACAUAAGCUGGGACCCUCUGAUUGCUCUCUGAAGUCUCGCCUGUGGAGUAAGCACACAUUGCCCGGAACUUAUUUCAGUUGGAACUCCAGAUGGCUGUUCUAGGACUUCCCGGCGCUGCUUAAUCUGAAUGAGUUCUCAGCCUGAAGUUGACUGGAACUAUCAAUUAACAAGUAUUUAUCGAAUACCUGAUCUGUAGUGUUGGACUUAGACCUAUGGAAGGAGCUACUGAUGUGAAUGACAGUGGUAGUCGCUCUUCUAAAACUUUUAAACCAAAGAAGAACAUUCCAGAGGGUUCUCACCAGUAUGAGCUCUUAAAACAUGCAGAAGCCACACUUGGCAGUGGCAACCUUCGGAUGGCUGUCAUGCUUCCUGAGGGGGAAGAUCUAAAUGAGUGGGUUGCAGUUAACACUGUGGAUUUCUUCAAUCAGAUCAACAUGCUUUAUGGAACUAUCACAGACUUCUGUACAGAAGAGAGUUGUCCAGUGAUGUCAGCUGGCCCAAAAUAUGAGUAUCAUUGGGCAGAUGGAACGAACAUAAAGAAACCUAUUAAGUGCUCUGCACCAAAGUAUAUUGAUUACUUGAUGACUUGGGUUCAGGACCAGUUGGAUGAUGAGACAUUAUUUCCAUCAAAAAUUGGUGUCCCGUUCCCAAAGAAUUUCAUGUCUGUGGCAAAAACUAUACUCAAACGCCUCUUUAGGGUUUAUGCUCACAUUUAUCAUCAGCAUUUUGACCCUGUGAUCCAGCUUCAGGAGGAAGCACAUCUAAAUACAUCUUUCAAGCACUUUAUUUUUUUUGUCCAGGAAUUCAACCUUAUUGAUAGAAGAGAACUUGCACCACUCCAAGAACUGAUUGAAAAACUCACCUCAAAAGACAGAUAAAAGGAUGCAGAGCUGUGCAAAUUGUUCCUCAAAUGAAGCAGUGUGGAGUGUAUUGGGGAUUUUGUUAUAUUUUGUUUUUAUCUGGAUUGUUUUUGUCCUAGGUUUGGGGGCGGGGGCUUGUUUGGGUUCCUUUUUCUUUGUUCUGAUUAUGUGAAACCGUAUUCUAUUGCUAGGGGAAGCCAAGAACCAUUCUCUAUAUACUUGAUAAGGGUAAAUUUAUCUUAGUGUUUUUAAACUUGGUUUUGGUUACUUGAGGAGUUUUUUAAUAAUAUUGUGUGCUGCAAGAAAGUGCUUGUCGAUUGAGCUGCCGAUGGAUUGGUUUCUGUGUGGUAUAAAUUGUGGCCCAUUUUUGAAGUCCCCAAAAGACUUAUGUUUUUAAGUGCCUUGGCAGGCUCACUUCUGAGGUGCAAAGCAUAGAUAUAGAACUGAACAGGGCUUGAAACAAUAUUAGGAUUACUACCCAGGGCACUUACUGGUGCAUGUUGUAAAAUAUCUAUGAUAAAAGCCAUAGUUUACCUAAAAUGGUGAUCUCCAGCCUUUACUGCUUUGAAGAAACAGAAUUUGUAAGGGUAUGCAUGUAGAACAUAAAAAAUAUUUGUUAAUUAUUUUUUAUAUUGAUGGUAAUAUAUUAUGUUCAACAAUGCUUAAAGCUCUACAAGCAGGUCUUUUCCCACCUCUUGCUAUCUGUGAUACUGAAACUUGAGGAUGUUGAAAUGUAUUACAUUUUGGCUUCUUUCUACAUGUUAACUGCACUGUAGAUGUAAAAAUUCAGGUUAUAUAUGGGAUUGCCAUUUUCAGAGGUGAUGCUGAACUGUGAGGUUUCCUAGCAAUUGCCAAAUGAGCCGUAAGUCUGCAGAAUUCCCUUCUACUUUGAAGAGGAGGGGAUAGGAACGUAUAUUUGGCUGGGGGCAUGGAGAUGUUAGUAUGUAUGGGGAGUUAGGGAUGGGGAGUCAAGUUCUAGAAAGUUUUGUCUGAAAACCUUUGAAUAGAAUGGCAUGAAGAUUUUAAUCAAUUACUUAUAAACAAAGUCUUAGAGACUUCCUUUUAGGAAUCAACUUCCAUGAGAAGUUAAAAAUAAAUUAUUAAUUUUAGGUACAGACAUUAAACGUGGAAUUUAAGGACUGUUGGGGGAAAUUGAUCACUUCUUAGCAUUUCCAUUCAGUGAAUGGAGCUGAAGUUUGCCUGUCAUUUUAAGAUGAUACCGUACCUUCUUUGGUUAUUAUAGGCCCAGUUUGAAGCAUUCUGACUUCUGGUUUUUCCACCAUGAAAGGAAAUGUUUUUCUUUGCAGCAGUAUUAGAUAAUGAAAAAUGCUAAUUCAGUAGUUAUUAACUUCUAAAUUUUAUUCGCCAUGACUUUCUAGUGAAUUAUUACCAUAAAUAACAAGUUCAGAAACUUAGUUUUUAGAAUAAAUAUUAAUUUUUCCACUUCAGUUUUAUUCUAGAAAAUAUCCUUUUUAGAAAUCCAGUUUUAGUUUUGUCAUUUUUGAUAAAUCUUUCUUCAGUUAGAAAUAUAUAUCCUUCCUUCAGUUGAAACAUACACCUCUUUCACAUCUAGGAAGAAAUGCUUGCUCUGAAAUAGUAUAGAUUAAAAACACUCAGUAGAAAAGAAUCUAAAAUUAAAUCAAUUUGUUUUGCCAUUAAAAUAGAGCAGUGAUACAAUUUAAUGCCAUUACAAUUAUGUUGACUAGAAAUUGCCUUUUUCUCCACUUCAUUUCUAGCAAUUAUUUACCAAGUACCAACAGUAGAAGUAACAGGAAAGCCUGGCAGAGUUAAAUAUCUUGGACAUUUAUUGGUAAAGCUUAUUUAUAAACUGCAGUCAGAGCUAGUUAAUUUCCUUAAAUCUUUUUGUAUUCAGAUAGAUAAUAUGAAUCAUUAUGGGUUGAUUCAGAAAUAAAAUUUGUGAGGUGAUUUUGAAUCUUGUCUAUAUAGGAAAAUGAAGCACAGAAUUACUCAGUCUUCCAUAAUUGUAUUUGACUUCAUAUCAUUCUAGUAAAAAAGGAGUUGCAAUAGCCAAGUAUAGAGAGAAUAGUGAAAAAUUAAUCUUGCCCUUUCAAGCCUUAUACAGUAGUACACUGUACUUGUUUUUAGUAGUAAGACCUACUUUCCCAUUAUAUGUAGAUAGUUUGUUUUCACUGUGCCAGAAUCUCAGGUGCCUGCUUAGAGUAUUUCUUUAAUCACAGUCACUGGGAAGUAAGGAGAUGUAUGUAUGUGUAUAUAUGGUAACAAAGCAUAGCAGUUCUAUAGGGGAGAGGCCUGGCAUUGCAUAUGGUGUUACAUGGCUACAAGUAAGGAAAAAAUCAGAAAGUGAAAGAACUGAUGUAAUAAAAGGUUGAUUUGAUUUGGUUGGUUCCCAUGAAAGUUAGUAAGAUGCCCUUUUAAAUAUAAGGAUCAGUGCUUUGUUCUGCAAUAGAGUUUGCUGAUAAAUGUCUAUUGGAUUCUUUUUGGAUUUCUUUAAUUAAUUUGUAAGUAACCAAGAUAAUUAUUUUCCCCCUUGCUUUCUAUAUUAAUACGUAGCUAUAAAGCAACAGUUGGUUUUCUUAUCCUUUGAUGAAAGCAUCCCAUAAAAUAUAAAGUAGUAAGUUAACAUAGUAUUAUUGUCACACACAAUGUUUUUUUUGGUUAAAUGUUGAUAUGAAGCAAUGUUUUGGAAUUACUUUAAUUGAUGGAGUAGUGGUGGUAGAGAGAAAUUAAUAACAAAAAGAGUGAAAA